AUGCUGUCAGUCCCCUUUAAACGACUGGCCAAACGAUCACUUACAAACUAUAGACCGCUGUUCAAAAAUGUGCCCAAAUAUGACGAUGCUGAACUGAUGGCGGGCAAGUUAAAUAAGGCAUCGUACGUAUCCAAACGAGGUAAAGAUAGCUAUCAAUGGGUAGAGAGAUCUGCUCAAGAGAUGGAAACUGAGCAUAAUGAGAAAAUGGCUCGUAUGAUGAAGCUUCGUGCGGCUUUACAGGGAAUUCUUUUGGUAGCAGGCGUAGGAGUUGCGUACACGGCCUAUAUGCAAUGGCCGCAGAUCCAAGGGUGGUGGCUGGCUGAAAACUCCAAGCUGGACGAUAACGCGAUUGAACUGUUGGUGAAACAGAAGGAAAAGCGUAGACAAGUUGAGUUUCCCAAGAUCCCCCCGACGGAAUCUCCCAGCACCGUGCCAGGCGUGUACUACUGGGGUUUGGGGCGUAACGAUAACAGAAACAGCAAGUUUCCUUUAAGAGUCUCGCAUUUCGACAAUCAGACACUAAGAGACGUGUGGCUCUCUCCAGAAAAUGGGAAUUUAGCUGUUAGUGACAAAGGCGACUUGUAUGUCUGGGACACCAACUCCAAGACCCUAAUUUUGCCUGAUCAGGACAUUAUAGUUGCAAAGGCCUCGAACGGUGUCGCAUAUGCUCAGACCAAGAAGGGCGAUAUUCUGAUAGUCCCGCUCGCCGAUGAGAAGGAAAGAAACAGGCUCCUCUGCAUGAAAAGGUCUUGGCUACUACCGUGGAAAAAGUACUGUCAAUAUGACUUCAAACUCGACACGAAGAGUGCUUUUUCCGGACGUAGUGAAAACAAAGUGCGUCAAUUCGAUGUAGGGAAGGACCAUCUGGUCUUCUUGUCGAAUGCAGGUAAAGCUUACACGUGCGCUACGGGCAUAAGAGAGCAGAACGGAGCGAAAUCAAGGGGUCAGUUUGGAGUUCCGAGCCUUUCUCAGUUUGAUCCAUUUCCAAAAUGCAAUAAGGUUUAUGAUAUUGAGCUGUUGAAUCAUAAUACAGUUGGUAACGGAGGUUCUGCACGAACAAUUGAAAAAAUAGCUUGCGGUAAUUACCAUUCUCUUGCCCUUGACUCCGUGGGCGAAGUCUACUCGUUUGGCCUCAAUACACACGGUCAACUGGGUCAACCUGUAAGUUACGACAUGGAGUACAUUCCAUACCCCAAGAGAAUUGUAGGAUUCAACGCACACUUCCCAAGAGACACAUAUUUGAAGUGCGUCGAUAUUAAGGCAGGUGGCGACACUUCCUUCGUCAGUGUUGUACCACAAGAUAUUCACAAGUUCUUCAGAAACAAAGGUAAUGUGUCUCUACAAGAGAACCUUGACAAAAUAACUUACUUCGCAUUUGGUGGUGGUAUUAGUGGAGAAUUGGGAAAUGGCAAUUUCAAGCAUUGUCAGCAAGAGCCAACGAAGUUAAAAGUUGUAAACGACAUCGUUGAGAAUGGCUCGAUAGCAGUCCAGAGACCAGCCAAAAUCGAAAAGUGGUCCUGUGGAAGCGACCAUUGCUUUACUGAACUUGAAAACCACGAAAUCGUAGCGUGGGGCUCGAACUCCCAAGGUCAGCUUGGUAACGGCAAGAAAAUCAAAUCUUGCAAACCUGUGAAAAUUCCUGAGAUACUGGAGCCUGAUAAUGAGGUAGGUUCCACCCAUGAUCAAAUGCAGAAGCAUCUCUCGUCAACCCUCCGUUUAUUGCCUGGUCAAACCAUCGUCGCGGGUGAAAAGUCGAGUUGCAUCUACUGGGAAGCUUAA